ACUAAUAAAAUCCAAAAGCAUCAACAGCCAAGUCUAUCAGAAUGACCGAAACUAAGCUCCCUCAUCCUCCACAGCCGUCCUCAGAUGAGAGACCCAAAAAACCAAAUCUCCUGAUAUUUAUGCCCGAUCAACUGCGUUAUGAUAGUCUCGGCUGCACCUCUUCUCCCUCAAAUCCAGACCCUGUCUACACACCUAACAUCAACGCCUUCUCCCAGCGUGGCACCCUUUUCACCAAUGCCUUCGUGCAAGCAUCGGUCUGUAGUCAAUCGCGAUGCAGCAUGUUCACCGGCCGGUAUCCCCAUGUCACAGGGCACCGGAGUCUUGAUAACCUGAUCAAGCCGUGGGAGCCGAAUCUAUUUCGCUCGCUCAAGGAAGAUGGAUAUCACGUUGCCUGUUUAGCGCCCCGAGGGGACACCUUCUCUCCGGGGGUCACGGAGCUGAGUGUGACGGAGUAUGGGUUUUUAGAGACGCCGGACUUUGUCCCGAAAUUCGCUGGAAAUCGGUCUCAGAGUGCCAAAGAGAAGGGAGAUAUCUGGGGCCGACUCUUCUAUAAAGGGCUCCGGAACGCCUCCGAAGCCAAAGAUUAUGACGAUGCGGUCGUUCGAUCGGCACUGAGCUGGCUGGACUGUCCACCGGAUGAUCAGCCAUGGGUGCUGUUCCUCCCGCUAAUCUUCCCGCAUUGUCCUUUCCAGGUUGAGGAGCCAUUUUUCUCCAUGUACGAUCGCUCCCAGAUGUCCCCACCCUCGUCUCACAAGGAUAAGACGGGCCACGAGCCCCGAUACAUGCAGGCGAUUCGGGAGCAGUACGGGACGCAUCGGGCGACGGGGGAGAUGUGGAAGGAGUUAAAAGCCGUUUAUUACGGAAUGAUAUCCAGGCUGGAUCACCAGUUCGGUCAGAUCAUUGAUAAAGUGGAUUCCCUGGGACUGUGGGACACGACCGUAACGAUGUUUUUCACGGACCACGGCGAGUAUCUCGGCGAUCACGGUCUGAUCGAGAAAUGGCCUUCGGGGCUGUCAGAUUCCCUCGUUCACGAGCCUCUCAUCAUUGCCGGUGGAGGGCUUCCGAAGAAUCAAGUGUACAGUGGAAUGGUUGAGAUGGUUGACGUCCUCCCAACAAUCCUAGAGCUUUGUUCGGUCCGAGAGACCUUUCCGCAUAACGGCUUGUCUCUCUUGCCGGCUCUGCAGGACCCGAAAAAGAAACACAAACAGUUCGCGUUCUCGGAAGGCGGAUUCCUUCUCACGGAGGAGCCCCUGCUCGAACAAGCCCCUUAUCCAUAUGAUAUCAAAUCAGCUUUGCAGCAUACCGACACCUCCUUGGUCGGAAAGGCCGUGAGCUUGAGAUCGCCAGAGUGGACGUACGUUUAUCGACUGUAUGAGGCGGCAGAGCUGUACAGUCGAGCGGAUGACCCAGGGGAAUUGAAUAAUCUGGCAGCACACCCGGACUAUGUGCCGCUGGUACGAAUGUUCGAGGCCGAAGUGUUGCGAUGGCUGGUGCAGACGUCGGAUUUCUUGCCGUGGGAGAAAGACCCGAGAUUUCCGGAUGUCGAUCUGGAGAGUCCGCGGGAACAGUUGAAGAGACGGUUGGAGAAGAAAGAGCGAAAGACUGCCGAGUGA